GGGGACUGGAGAGACGCUCUGAGCAUGUGCAGAGCUGGUCGGCGGUGGCUUCCUCGGCCCGAGGCUGGGGCCCGGUGCUGAUGCGAGCAUCCGACUCAGCCUCAGCGCCAGCGUGGUCGGCCCUCCAGGCAGGGAAAGCGGGAAAGGAACCGUAGACCUCCCUGCGGCCAGAGGAGCCGCUACGGCGGUGCUCACCCCCGGCGGCCGCAGCGCCCGGGGGGCUCACGAUGAUGGCGGAGCAGGUGAAAUGCGCCUCGGCGGGGGGCGGCUCCGGAGCGGGCUCCGGGCCGGUGGUGAACGCGGAGCUGGAGGUGAAGAAGCUGCAGGAACUGGUGCGCAAGCUGGAGAAGCAGAACGAGCAGUUGCGGAGCCGGGCGGCCAGCGCGGCCGCCGCCCCGCACCUGCUGCUGCUGCCGCCGCCGCAGCCUGCCGCGCCGCCCCCCGCUGGGGCCUGCAGCCCCUUGGGUCCGCGGAGCCCCCCGGCCACCGCCGCCGCCUCGGGGGGCCUGGGGCUCGGCCUGGCGCUGGGCGCUGGUGGCGGCGGCGGUGGCAGCGGCGGCACCAGCCCCGCGUUCCCGGGGACCUACUGUCUGCCCAGCCCGGCGCCCCCCCUGCUCUGCAGCCUGGCGCAGCCCCCCGAGGCGCCUUUCGUCUACUUCAAGCCGGCCGCGGGCUUCUUCGGCGCGGGCGGCGGCGGGCCGGAGCCGGGGGGCGCGGGAACACCUCCGGGGGGAUCCCCCGCACCGCCCUCGCCGCCCCCCACGCUGCUGGACGAGGUGGAACCGCUGGACCUGGAGAGCCUGGCCGCCUGGCAGGACGAGGACGACUACACCUGGUUGUACGUUGGUUCUUCAAAGACAUUCUCGUCAUCAGAGAAAGCCCUGAGCCCUUUGCAGUGGUGUAGACACGUCCUAGAUAACCCGACUCCGGAGAUGGAAGCAGCAAGGCGCUCCCUGUGCCAUAGACUGGAGCAAGGUUACACUUCCAGGGGCUCCCCGCUCAGUCCCCAGUCAUCUAUAGACAGUGAGCUGAGUACUUCAGAACUGGAGGAUGACUCUAUCUCCAUGGGAUAUAAGUUACAGGACCUCACUGACGUGCAGAUCAUGGCUCGUCUGCAAGAAGAAAGUCUCAGGCAAGAUUAUGCUUCCACUUCAGCAUCUGUGUCAAGACACAGUUCCAGUGUGUCACUGAGUUCAGGAAAAAAGGGGACAUGUAGUGACCAAGAAUAUGAUCGAUUCAGUCUAGAGGAUGAGGAAGAAUUUGAUCAUUUGCCACCACCUCAGCCUCGUCUUCCAAGAUGUUUACCUUUCCAAAGAGGGAUUCCCCAUUCACAGACUUUCUCCAGCAUUCGGGAAUGUCGGAGGAGCCCCAGUUCCCAGUAUUUCCCUUCAAAUAAUUACCAGCAGCAACAGUGUUAUUCACCUCAAACCCAGACUCCAGACCAGCAACCAAACAGGACCAAUGGAGACAAGCUCCGAAGAAGUAUGCCCAACCUGGCUCGGAUGCCGAGUACGACGGCUGUCAGCAGCAACGUCAGUUCUCCGGUCACCGUGCGGACCAGUCAGAGCUUCGACUCCAGCCUGCACGGGGCUGCAAAUGGGAUUUCAAGAAUACAGUCUUGUAUUCCAUCACCAGGACAGCUACAACACAGAAUCCACAGCGUGGGACAUUUCCCUGUGUCUGUCCGACAGCCUCUCAAAGCUACAGCCUAUGUGAGCCCAACCGUUCAAGGCAGCAGUAACACGCCUUUAUCCAAUGGCUUACAGUUAUAUUCCAACACUGGCAUCCCCACACCAAACAAAGCAGCCACUUCUGGGAUAAUGGGCCGCAGUGCACUUCCAAGACCUUCAUUGGCAAUAAACGGGAGUAACCUGCCUCGAAGCAAAAUUGCACAACCUGUUAGAAGUUUCCUUCAGCCCCCAAAGCCUCUGUCUUCACUCAGCACUCUGAGGGAUGGAAACUGGAGAGAUGGCUGCUACUGAUGCAGUUUUAUGUACCCUUGAAGAAUGGGAAGAAAGAAGUGGAAAUGAGGGUUGUAUUACCUAGCUGGCUGGGUAACAGUGGAUGUCAGGAUAUUCUUUCUUUCCCCUUUGCGUUUUAACAUACUUACUGCAUUGUUUUUAUGGACCAAUCACCAGAGACUAAUUAUUGCACUUAAAUAUUUGCCUGAGAUACUGCAGUGUUCUCAAAUCCGUGGUUGCAGUAUCGUGACACUUAGAUCUAGAAGUUUUGGUAGAACUGCUACGUACCUGAACACUUUUUGAGAGAACUGAGAUGUAUCAAUAAUGCUUUGCCAUAUGAGUUUUUAAAGGAACUUGUUCCAUUUAUUUAUGUGUUCUAAACAUCUUCCCAUUACAUGUUCUGUAUUUUAAUACAUUACAUAUUUACAGAUAUGUUCGAUCAAUGUAUGCUUUGAAAUUUACUUUUUUAUAGUUUACAGGAAUUUUAUUUUUUGUGCCUAUUUCUUUUUACACCUACGUGAACCACUAUGGAACAACUUAAAUUUUGUGCCAUAAAAAUAUUUUUGUGGUAAGGUACUAUUUUUUUAGCUCUAGGGAUAUAUCAGCAAAAACCCAUCAUACAGUUUCAGAGACAUCAUUUUGUGUUGAAUGAGCACAGUGUAAUCUGAAGCAUUGCAAGGGGAUAGCCAGACAGCAAGUGAAAUGGUCUCAUCUUUUUCAUUGUUAAUUUAUUGUCAUACAUGGGUUUCAUAUUUAUAAAGGCAUCACAAGCUCAUUGCACUUAAUACCGCAAUGUUUGCUACUGUACCACCACUGAUUUUCAAUACUUUAUUACAGAGGAUGAAACUGUAAUGUUUUAUUAACAAUGCUUCUGGAAAUGAAUGCAUUUUAAAGCAAAUAAAUCUUUUUGAUAGACCUUUUACAAAACCCAUUUGCACUAAUGAAUGCUUUUCUUAUGGUAUAUGACUUAAUAUUUGUUACUGUGUACACUGCUGUUUUGGAAUGUUCAGAAAUAAAGACUAUUUCAGCAA